AUGGAGGGCCCAAGUGCUUCCGUCUGCCGCACCGAUGGGGCAGAUCCGCGCCUCCUCGGUCACCGAACUGUGGGCGGCAAGCAGCAGAUGCUGCAAAUGAUGCGACUGGAGGAACUGCAAGCUGGAGGUCGCAAGGCAGCCGAGAAGGAUGAGGUUCACCGAGUGGCAAAGACAGUGGGCCUGGGCUGGGCCAGGGUGCUCCGCGAGGCCAAAGUGCGAGUCUCCAAGAGCAAGGGCAGUGAGGUAGUGGGUAACCUGCAAGAAGGGGCCCGCGUGCUGGUGGUGGAAGUCUCUUCGAAAUCUGCGCGCAUCCAUCUGCCAUUUGCAGGAUGGGUUGUGCUAGAAAAGACCUCCGGUCCUGUCCUCGAACAGGACCCUUACAACUGUCGACAGCCCGGCGAGAUGUCAGCAACCCAAAGGGUCGUGGAGGACACCUUGGUUCGCCUCCGUGCAUGCGAGGCAGACCAGUCACCCAUACAGGAGAAGGAACAGCUGACCGCACACUUGCCGGUGCUCGCAAAUCCCGACGGCCAAGCGGUCCCACCCAAAGGUUCAUUCGAACUGCUCCCCUCGGUUGCUACAUGGCUUGUCGCAAAGCCGAAGGCUAUCACAGGAGGAGGAAGCCCGGUGACCCCAAAGUAUUCCUUCGCCCAGUCCCCCUCUGUUGCCACAUGGCUCGCAGCAAAGCCAGCAAGCCCACAGCCAGUUCCAAAGCCCCUGGCAGCCCCAGCUGAGCCUUCGUUCGCGCAGCCGCACCCUGUCAACACGGCAAGUGCGCCAGAUGUGCCAGCAAGCGGCGCGCCCGCAUGUGCGUUCUCCAUGUUGCCCUCAGUGGCUACAUGGCUUGCGGCAAAGCCAACACAGCUCCCAGCCACAAAGGAUGCCCCUGCCACAGACUCCACAGACUCCACACAGUCUUCUCCAGGUUAUAUGCGCUUGGGCGACUGGUGGAUUGCUUUCUGCAAGUCUGCACAGCAAACGCUGUGCUGCAGCCGAUAA